AUAGCAGUGCUAUUAGUUUUGGAGAUAAAUUCCCUUUUUUGUCCUUAAAUAAACAUCUAAUACUAAAUUCUCCUAAUUAGGUUAAAAAAAGCUUUACGGGCCAAACGUUAUAGCGCAGCAGCAGCCGAUCUCCCCACUCACGCGACGCAAUAAUCGUCGGGCACGCUUCCUCGUCACACCGCCAAACACAAAGCCGCAGCAGCUUCCGGAAGGAGACCCAGGGUUUCAAUGGCAAGCGAAGAUGCACUGGACGAGAUCCCUCUAAGCAAAAGAUUGGAAAAGAUACAAUGUGUUUUUUGUUUCCAUUUGGUUCUAUGCAAUGUGAUUUAAUUUUUAAGCUUGGCAGUGUUUUUUUUAUUGACGUGUUGAAUUUAUUUGGCUUUGUUGAACUCGUACGGGCAAUUUUUGUGAAUGUUAGACGUAAUUCAAAGUUUAGAAUAAGUUUUUGCUUCGUUUUGACAUUGAAUUUGCUUCUAAAAAAUUCUCUUACAAAGUUUAGAAUAAGUCUUUUUUCGGGUUGGCAGGGGGGUUUUUGUAGUAGAUUCACUGCAAUGUGUUUUUUAAUUUUCCUUAAUGUGUUCUUAUUUUCUGCAAUGUGUUUGUUGUUUCCCAUAGGUUCUAUGUAGUGUGUUUUAAUUUUUUAAGCUUGGCAAUGUUUUUUGAUUAACGUAUUGAAUUUAUUUUGGCUUUGUUGAACUCGUUUAGAAAAGAUAGUAAAUGGAAAUAUGGCCAAACAGGGAAGGAGGUAAGUAUAUACUUACCGAAAGUAGCAGAUCUACAUGUGGUCCUGUUACCGGUAAAUGCAUUCCGUCUCCGAUCAGCAUCAAAGUCCACGUCUUACCGAUCAAAUUCCACUCCCUUCUUCACGUAGAGCGGGAAACUCGAGUCCGCGGCGGUUGCAGUUCCCUAUUCCGUCGAGCGCCACCACCGCGUCCGGCUUCACUCCGGCCGCCUGAAGAAGUCUCCGGUCACUUCGUCUUACCCGAUCGGGGAGGUUUUCUCUCAAAUGCCCGCCUAUCCGCUAGGGCGGUUUUCCCGGACGGAGGAACGGUACCUAUGGGGGUCUUCAACGACCGCGUGAAAUCGAGGCCGGAAUAAGGUCGAAUCCGGACAGGGAAGACAAGCACAGGACAGCCAAACAGAGCGCCGCCGUCGCCGCCUAGCAGCAGAGGCCCAAGGAGAAGCCAUUUCAAAUUGGUGGAAUAAUGAUACAAAUCACACCAUAUAUUUGUUAACUGAAAAAGCAGUGAAGAUUGAAGAAGGGGUGUUAAAAUUGAAUGAAUGUUGAAAGAAUGAGUUUUUGGUUUUCAAGAACCAUAUAAUUGUGAUCGGAGAGGUGUCAGGGGAUUGAUGAAUGCGCAGUAAAGAAAAGCCUUCUUCCUCUGCGGAUCAAACGCCGACCCGUGACCCUCCAUCUCCAUCAACCCCUUUCUCUUGCAUAUAGAUCUAAAAAUUGAAAAUAGAAACGGAAACAAAGGGGAAGUCGUCGG